UCUUGGUUGUUGAAUAAAGGCCACAACCACGACGACCAAGAAGAAGGAAAUCUCUGAAACAACAACGGGAACUAUGGUGGCAAUGGAUUCUGCUCGUACAGGACGCCUAUUGCAGCGUUAUACGAAAGGCCGCCGUCUCGUUGUUGGAUGCAUACCUUAUAGAUUUAAGACCACAAGUAAAUCUUAUUUGGAGGGAAAAGAAUUAGAAGUCCUCCUCAUAAGUGCACAAAGAGAAGGCAAGGGCAUGUUAUUUCCCAAGGGUGGAUGGGAAAAUGAUGAAUCAAUGAAAGAAGCAGCUUUAAGAGAGACCAUAGAGGAGGCUGGCGUCAUAGGAAUUGUCCAAAAUAAGUUAGGAAAAUGGAAAUUCAAAAGCAAGAGCCACGAUGGUUCAUAUGUAGCGUACAUGUUCCCCUUGCUCGUCAAAGAUCAACUUGACCUAUGGCCGGAGAAAGAAAUUCGGCGAAGAGCAUGGAUGGGCGUUCCGGAAGCUAGAGAAGCUUGUCAUUACACAUGGAUGAAAGAAGCCCUAGACUCACUAGCGUGUCGCCUUGUCCCAUCUACGCAGCAACAACAAGAGAUUAUUGAAGAAGAUGAUGAAUUAGGAAGCAAGCAACAACUCAAUAGUGAAGAAGAUUUUUUUGAAACUUACAAUAGUGAAGAAGUUUUUUUCGAAACACGCAACAGUGAAGAAAUUGAGAAAGUAGAUAGUAAGCAAGAACAACACAAUAGUGAAGAAGUUUGA